AUGGGUGAAGCUCGAGUUAACAACGGUAAACGAAACGCAGGCAUCGCCGACAGAGACUUGGGGCCGAUUGGACCGGACAGGAACUGGAAGGGCAUCGGCAUCUCUCUGCUGGUUAUUCUGCUGGUUCUCUCUCUCAUUGGACUGUCCAUUGUUCUGCUGUCAAGAAAUGAAGGUGUCAAACCCUCUGGUUCCCAGUUGACAGUCGAUGACCUGUUUCACCGGAACUUCCAAAUACACGACCCUGAUGCAAAGUGGAUUAGUGGAAAGGAGAUCAUCUUUCAGAACUGGGACGGAGAUGUUUUGAAAACGUCUUUAAAGAGCAAUGAAACACAACUCCUGCUGAAAAACUCCACAUUUGCAACUUUUAAGGCCUCAAGGUUUUCAGUGUCUCCUGAUCUCAACUAUGUUCUUCUGGGAUAUGAUGUCAAGCAGGUCUACCAGCACUCGUUCCUGGCUUCAUACCUCGUCUACAACCUGUACACACGAGAGGUGCGGGAGCUGAAUCCUCCAGAGGUCUCCGACUCAGUCCUCCAGUUCGCCUCAUGGGGGGUUCGGGGUCAACAGCUGAUCUAUAUAUUUGAGAACAACAUUUACUACCAGACGGAUGUUCAGAGCAGCUCGUGGAGACUCACGUCCUCGGGACAGGAAGGGAUCGUCUUCAAUGGGAUCGCAGACUGGUUGUACGAGGAGGAGGUGCUCCACACUCAGGCUUCUCACUGGUGGUCCCCUGAUGGGACCAGACUGGCCUACCUCACCAUCAACGACUCCCUGGUUCCCAACAUGCUCCUGCCUCGCUUCACAGGAGCCCUCUACCCUCGAGGGAAGGAAUACCCCUACCCAAAGAUGGGUCAAAUCAAUCCGACUGUCAGACUCUACGUGGUCACUCUGGACGGCAGCUCCCUGACCACUGAGCUGAGGCCUCCGGACAGUUUGGAAAAGAGUGAGUUCUACAUCACCAUGGUGACGUGGGUGACACGGGAGAGGCUGAGCGUGCGCUGGGUGAAUCGAGCUCAGAACAUGUCCGUUCUCUCCCUGUGUGAUGUCACCACGGCCGAAUGCACCAAGAAACAUGUGAUGACAUCAGAGAAGUGGCUUGAUCGCCAGAAUGAGGAGCCGGUAUUUUCCAGAGACGUCUCAACAUUCUUCAUCACGAUGCCUUUGAAACAUGGCGACAGAGGGACGUUCAGCCACAUCACCAUGAUCUCCAACCACUCUGAGGGUCAAGAGGUCAACCUCCGCCACCUCACCUCAGGAAGCUGGGAGGUCUCUCACAUCCUGGCCUACGACGAGACCAGCAACUCAGUUUAUUUUCUAAGCACAGAGGAAGGAUCAGCACAGCGGCAAUUGUACAGGGUCUCCACUGUGGAUCCGCUCCGUAAAGAAUGCCUCAGCUGCUCGCUCUUCAGAUCAAAGUGCAGCUACUACGACGCCGCUCUCAGCCCGGACCGCCGCCAUGUGCUCCUCAACUGCAGAGGUCCUGGAAUACCUCAAUCAUCUCUCCACAAACUCAAUGAUAUGAACAAAUACAAGAUUUUUGAAAAGAACACAGUAUUACAACAGUCACUGGCAAACAGGACGUUACCCAAGUGGGAGAGAAGAACCGUUCAAAUCAACGACUUUGAUCUUCGUCUGGAGUUGAUUGUCCCUGUAGAUCUGGAUGAAGAGAAGGAGUACCCACUUGUGUUGGUUCUGGACAGCGCCCCCGGUGGUCAGGCGGUGAGCGAGCGCUUCUCUCUGGGCUGGGAGUCGGUGCUGGUCAGCUCGGACAAAGUGAUCGUGGCUCGUCUGGACGGCCGAGGCAGCGGCUCCCAGGGUCAGAGGGUUCUCCACCAGGUGCACAUGGGCCUGGGAACUGUGGACGUCCAGGACCAGAUCACAGCUCUGGAGCACCUGAUCAGGCUGCCUUAUAUCGAUGGAAACAGAGUUGGAGUUUAUGGAAAGGCGUACGGAGGCUUCUUGUCCUCGCUCCUGCUGCUGACCCACAGCUCCAGGUUCAAGUGCGGCAUCGCUGUGGCUCCGAUCACCAACUGGAGACUCUAUGGAUCGGCCUUCACAGAGAAAUACUUUGUCUCUCGGCUGCCAGAGGAUCACGAACACCAGAUUUCCUCUGUGCUCAACAACAUCACAUUCCUGAGUCCAGUGAACUUCCUCAUCAUCCACGGCACAGCAGAUGCCACUGUUCAUUUCCAACAUUCUGCUGAGCUGGUCAAACUACUGGCUGCAUCCAACGUGAACUACACCCUCCAGAUCUUCCCGGACGAAGGACACAACCUUGCGUCAGUCGGGAGCCGACACUACCUGCUGAGCUCCGUGCUCAGCUUCUUCAGGCGCUGCCUCGAGGAGGAGGAAGAGGUUUCUGUCCCUCAGACAUCCAAAGAAGACGACUAG